GUUGAAUAUACAACAUUGAACAUAUCGCUUGAUUUAUGCUCUUGGUAAAAAAAGCAUUGGCGUACAGGCGUAAAAUAAUCUGCUUGGAUCUAUACAUGUAGUCUGCGCCACGGCGCCAACCCCGCAGUGCACCUCACCAACAAACCAUUCGGAGUAACUUGUCCAUUCACACAACACUUAUUUAAUUUAUGCGACCGGAACUGUUGCAUCAUCUACCAGUGCAACAAACCCCACACGCCCAAAAUGUCGUCAAAUAUCGACAGUAGCACAGACUUUCCAUACUCCUUAGUGAUCUCCCUACCUCUGCCUACCCAUCGCCUCGCGUCCGCCGCUCUUCAAGCCAUCCAGGUCGAUCAAGAACUUUCAUCCUUUGUCCGUCGCAGCCAUGCGCUAGUAACUCCCUCUGGCUCCGCCGAUGAUGCCGAUGAAGAAAGCAGGACGGUGCUGGAGACCACCUACCGCGCCACGACGAAUCGAAUGCUCCGCGUCUCGGUAAAUGGAUUUAUGGAAACACUCGGUGUCGUGCUGGAGGUCAUGGAGGAGUUGGACACGGAUGUUCUCGACGAGGAAAAAUCCGAUAAAGGGCGGCUGGGAGAAUGAAAACGAUCUUAUUUUUUCACUCCCUAUCCCCACCCUCCAGGCUUCUACAAAAAGGCCGCUGGUUUAUACAUGAGCCGAAGCACAAUUACAUCAUGCGGGAUAUUCUAGUAUAUACGACAUGCUAUCAUGCCGAUGGGAAAUGGUGCAACAAAAGCAGAAUGUUUCACAACUACCAACCGAUAAGUGCCACUGCCUAUUGUGCAUACCAUGACAAAUCUUUCGAGCUGCUGGAAAGAUCUUGACUGUUGAUCCAGGUCAUAUCGGGCAUAUUAUGAUAGUCGCACUGGGCCUGCACAAUCUGCAUAAAUAAUAAUCUAACUAGGGAUUAAUUAGCAGGAUACACAAAUCAAGCUAUUCACCGAUAUCUUCCAAAUCCAUGCUAGGAAAUCGUAGGAAUGCUGAGAGUCGCGAGCCGACUUGUAGAGACCGUCGCGGCGCCUGGCAGCCAAUCAGCCCCGAGAAACUACUUUUUAAGUUCUUCACGUAUUGCCUGAUCAGGC